GUCAUCAACAACCGACAGAUCGAGAAGCCAUCAUGAGGUUCUCGCGGAUUGUCUAUUGACUGGUUUACCUGCACGCUCUGUCUUGAACCGUGGCCAAGCCUAUCGACCUCCCUGUUAAGCCCAAAAGUCUCGCUCGGGGCCGCAGCAAACUCAAUGUGCUUGUAGUGUUGCUGAAUCUCCCGCGAAGGAAGCUCAGGAAUUCCAUCCGAGCCACAACCAUGGCCGAUCCGACGCCUGCAACACCGGCGACCCCGCCCCUGCCGGCUGGCAAUGCGGCGUCGAAAGCACCCCUUCGAAACCCGGCUCUGCGCAUGCUCGGCCUCCCCGCGCUCCCAAGGAAACUACCCUCCCGGAACUGGAUGAUCUUCUGGACCGUGUCGACCACCAUAACCGCAGCCAUCAUUUACGACAAGCGCGAGAAGAAGCGGGCCAUCGCAAAGUGGUCCCAUGCCGUCGAGCACCUCGCCAAGGAGCCGCUUCCCGACAGCAUUGGCCUCGCCCAGCCACGCAAGCUAACUAUCUACCUGUCAAGCCCGCCCGGAGACGGCCUACGCGUCGCCCAAGACCACUACACUGAAUAUGUCAAGCCAAUCCUGGCUGCCAGCGGGUUAGACUGGGAGUUCGUACAGGGACGGCGGGAGGGUGAUGUGCGAGCCUACGUCGCCGAGCGGGUGCGGAGGCUUCGUCGCGGCUGGGGAAACGACAAUGAGCCGGAACCGACAAAGGAGCCUACCAAGGAGGAGAUUGUCGAUGCCUUCCGCAAGUCGCGAGGAAUCAAGGAGUAUGACGGGAUCCGGGGCGACGUCGUCAUCGGCCGGCACACAUGGAAGGAGUACGUCAGAGGAUUGCACGAGGGCUGGCUAGGACCCCUCACUGCACCGCCUGAGCCGGAGCCGCUUCCCGCGGUUGCUACUCCAGAGUCAUCAACCGACGACAAACCUGCCGAGGAGAAGCCUACAGAGGAGGAAAAGAAGCCCAAGAGGCCACCUCAACCACGACCCUACAACUCCACAGCCGACUACCCUGCAUCACCCCUACCGCCCCUGAUCCCUAGCACAUUCGACCCUUCAGCGCCCAUACCCCAGCCACACCUCCUCGGUUUUCUCAACACCCCCACUCGCCUGUACCGCUUCUUCAACCGCCGCAAGCUGGCCGACGACAUCGGCCGCGAGGUGGCCGCCGUCUGCCUCUGCACCUACCGCGAGUACCGCCAACUCGCCGCCGAGGCCGACCCCGCCAGCCCGACCGGUUCCGGCAGCCAGCCGCAGUACGAGCAGCACAAGGAGCUGCAGUGGGAAGAGAAGGAUUGGAUCAAGACGGUCUGGAAGGAGGACGAUCCCAAGGACCCCGAGACCGCUGAGAUUCUCGAGAGAGUGCGCGCCAAGCCCAUGGUCAUGGACCCACGCAUUGCGGCGCGCAUGCGCCGGUUCCAGCUGCUACCUGAGGACGAGGAGCGGGCCAGCAGGAUUGUGGUGCCCGAGGAGGAAGUCGAGGGCUGGAUCAAGGGCAAGCUUCGCCAGCUGUACCGGUGGGGCGCGAAGAAGGCGUUUGAGAAGAAGCUUACGCCGUUGGAUGACAAGGACGUAGAGUGAGGGUCUAGAUGAGGAGGAUUGUUGCGUAAGGUGUACAUGUAUAACUGUUGGUGUAUGAUGUCGUGUUGGAGUAUCACGGAGCGUAGACGUGCUGUGCCGCAGCGCCUGUAUCGUAGGGUAUCUACGCUCUAGAUCUGGUGGGACCAGGACGGUCAUACAGCAGCAGCAAGGGCUGUUGAACAUAAUGAGACUCCUCUUGGUUAUAUUCGC